CCUAUUGUGAAAUAAAGACUCAUGGUUUUCAGAGGAGAGUUCAGUUGACAGUUCACUUCAUCUACUACCAGGAUACUUGAUCGUGCGGAUUUGUUCAUUCCUUUCCUUCUUCUUACACACCAGUUGGACAUGGGCUUCUUCCUCACUAAGAUGAUGACUGUGUUUGGGAACAGGGAGCACAAAGUCCUCAUUGUUGGUCUGGACAACGCAGGCAAGACGACCAUCCUUUACCAGUUUCUGACAAAGGAAGCCGUUCACACAUCACCGACGGUGGGCAGCAACGUAGAGGAGAUCACCGUGAGGAACACACACUUUUUGGUGUGGGACAUCGGAGGCCAGACGAGUCUUCGGAGCUCCUGGUACUCUUAUUACUCCAACGCUGAGAUUGUCAUCCUCGUUGUGGACAGCACGGACCCAGGACGACUCAGGCUCACCAAAGAGGAACUGCACCGAAUGCUCGCACACGAGGACUUGCAGAGUGCCGCCAUUCUGGUGCUGGCCAACAAACAGGACGUGAAAGGUUCCAUGACGGCGGCUGAGAUCUCCCAGCACCUCACGCUGGACGCCAUCACAACGCACAACUGGCACGUGCAGGCCUGCUGCGGCCUGACUGGCGAGGGCCUCAAUGCCAGUCUGGACUGGAUGCAGUCGCAGGUGGUCGCCUCCUGAACGUCCUUCUACCUCUUCCUUUAAGGUUUUGUCAGGAUUGCAUAACAGUGAACAGUGGGACACAGCCUACCUCAACUGAACCGUGUUGAUCAUACGGUUGGUAUGUAAGAAGGUGCGCCACAUUCAAGGCAGCAUAAAUUGGGAUUGUUCUUCGUGUGAUUAUGUCUAUGUGUAAAACUGGUGUGAUUGUUCUUUCUGUUCUACUUGAAAUAACACCAAAUGAAUGGAUGUUUUGUUUUAGAACCUCCUUCGUGCUGGGAAGAGCCACCUAUUUUUGUAAAUAUUUCGGGCGUCUUCAUGAUUGUAUGCAAUGGAUUUAUACUUUAUUUUUUUAAGUGAUGUAAAUUAUUUUCAUGGAAAUGAGCAGGAAUGAAUGGGAAUUAACUGCACUGGAUAUUUAUAAAAUGUGUGUUUAAUUUUUAUGUUUACUUAAACAAAACAAACAAAAUGCAAUAAUGAA